CUGUGAUUCAGUCCCAGGAUGCAAGGCAACAGCCACAGGUCGGUAUAGGUACCUUACCUAGGUAGCUAAACGCAACCCAGAUAUUUAAACUGUCAUUAUCAACUUGACAGCUUGAAAGUUAAGCAAUCUGACAUUGGCAACAGCCACGUUCACGGCCACUUUUGGAUUUUGUGUCUUUUUACAGGGCUGUUACAGAGCAACUGUUCCACCAAACCUUUCUCCAACAUUUGCGGACCCCCCAUUUCGGUAUUGCCUAUCAAUAAUCGACCUGACGACAUCGCCGACACCGUAGUCGACGUCGUCCCUACUUUUCUCUCUUUCUCAUCUUCUCUUUUCAUCUCACACAAUAAAUGCUACGAUGAGGUUGGUUUGACCAUGGCCCAAUCUAUGUCGACCCAGGAGCAACAGCUCUGCCAGUUCUUGGCCGACCUGCCCUCCCGCUUCAACUACCGCUUCACCGAAGAUGCUUCACGCGAGCUGCUUACCAGCCUCUUCUGGUCUCUCGCUGGAGGAAAAAGUGAAUACAUGCGAUUGCUCUUUCCGGACGGUAAAAUCGGAGAGGCACUCAAGCUGAGCGACUCUCAAGGCGCAGUUGAGGGAGCAGAGUAUACUGAAGCAGCGCGGGGGAAGCGAUGUGGGCACAUCUUCAAACCUGGUGAGGCAUCGUACAUGUGCCGCACCUGUGGUACCGACGAAACUUGCUGCCUAUGUGCCCGAUGCUUCGACUCGACCGACCAUACAGGGCACAUGGUUCGAAUCCACAUAUCAGUAGGAAAUAGUGGUUGCUGUGACUGUGGAGAUGACGAGGCAUGGCGAACACCUCUGUUCUGCACCAUUCACUCUCACGUUCAGGGAGGUACGGACAAGGGGAAGGGAAAAGAGGCGGCCUGUCUGCCUGAGGACCUUGUCACGAAUCUACAGAUGACCAUUGGUCGUGUUUUCGACUACAUCUGCGACGUCAUCUCAUGCUCCCCAGAACAGCUGCGACAGGCCAAGACACAAGAAUCGAUUCUCGAAGACGAGCAGUCAUCACGCCUCUCCUCGAAAUACUACGGUCCCGAUGCCGAGCCAUGUACAGAAUUCGCCCUGAUUCUUUGGAAUGACGAGAAACAUACCGUUCAAGAAGUUCAGGACCAGGUCGCCCGCGCUUGUCGAAAAAGCCGUAAGCUGGCUGCAGAGAAUGCCUGGGAGACUGAUGCUAUUGGACGAAGUAUCCUGACGUAUAUGCCCGACGUGAAGCGACUCUUGGACAUGGCAGCUAUAAUGGAGGCCAUCAGAGUUACAGUCACGAUUCGGUCUGCAAGAGACACCUUCCGCGAACAAAUGUGCGGCACCCUCGUUGAGUGGUUGAGUGAUAUAUCUGGUUGCUCUGUCGGCCACGACAACAGUAUUCUCCGGCGCACAGUUUGUGAACAGGUAAUGAUUCCCUGGCGUCAAGGGAGCCAAGCGACUCAUACGAUGGGUCUGAUUGAUGACGAGGAGGAGGAUGACCAGAUUGUCGACAGUAGACGCCGAUUUGAUGGCAUGAAUGCUAGGUUCAUUCUGGCUUUGCAGGCUGCAGCCAACACCGGUACCGGCGUUCAGAUAGAAAUUGACGACGACUCCGAUGAUGGAGAGGACGAAGAAGAUGCGGAUGCAGACAUGGACGAUCAAGGCCAACAUUCUCCUUCCAGCUCAGUGGCUGGAGGAGACGAAGACGAGGAUGACGACGUCAUGAUGGUCGAUGCCCGCGGAGACGUCGGAGACCUUGGAAUGAAUUGGAGAGAUAACGACCAGGCUUUGGAAGAAGACGAAGCAACAAUGGCAGGCUAUCCACCACCUCCUCCGCCUCCUCCUGCUCAAGUUACGUCUCAGGGCCAGGGUCAGGGUCAAGGCCAAGCCCAGACACAAUCUGAGGCUCCAGCUAGAGCCAGGGACAGAGAAGCAACACCAUCCGACUCGGAUACAGCGGAGCCCCUAAUCGCUCCUUCGAUUUACGCAAAGGCAAAUGCGGAAAUUCCCAAAACUCCUGGUAAGACCGAGAAGUUAGUUCCUAGACCUGGGCGAUAUUGGAUCGAGACACCUGCCGUUUAUACACAGCGUGAGAACGUGCCUCCAGCUGAGGAUGUAUUCCGCCGUGUUCGCCUCGACUGGCUGUUGUUAUUUGAUUUGCGGAUGUGGAAGAAGGUGAGAAACGACCUUCGAGCUCUGUACAUCUCCACGGUUGUGACUAUUCCCGAAUUCAAGAGAGUACUGGCCCUCAGAUUCGCCAGUCUUUACACAAUCCUGGCUCAGCUUUAUCUGGUUGGAGACCGAGAGCCAGACCACUCCAUUAUCAACCUUUCUCUUCAGAUGCUCACCACCCCCUCAAUUACUGCAGAAGUUGUCGAGCGCGGAAACUUUAUGACCAGCUUGUUGGCAAUUCUAUACACCUUCUUGACAACUCGUCAAGUUGGGCACCCUUGGGAUGUGUCCCCCGAUGCAGUCUUAGGCUUCGAAAGCGGGUCGGUCACCAACAGGCGCAUGUAUCACUUUUACCAAGACCUGAAGUAUCUUUUCGGCGCCCCUCAUGUACAGGAACGCGUUAGAUGUGAGCCCCGCUACCUCAUGCAGUUCCUUGACCUUGUCAAGCUACAUCAAUGUAUUGGGCCGAACGUCAGGGCCGUGGUUGAACACGUGGAAUACGAGGCCGACUCCUGGAUUACAGCAUCCCUUGUAACCAGGCAAAUCAACCUGCAAGCACGAAACCUUGCUGAGGCGUUCCGUAACUGCCCCCCAGAUGAGUUCCACUACCUACAACAAGCAAUUCGCUUCACGGCGAAGACGGUCAUCUUGAACUCCAUCGGCGCUGAACGUCAUCGAUUUAAGCAAGGUGAAAUCAAAGACGAGGUGCAGUUUAAGACAUUAAAUGAUUUUGAGUUCGAUAGCGAAUCGUCAUCGUAUGAUGUCGUCAAGUUCGUUGUCGAGAAGGACGCGAUCAGCUUCCACCAUGCGCUGCACUACACCCUGUCCUGGCUCAUUGAGUGUGGCCGGUCUCUUCCUGUGUCAACAAUGCGGAACCUUCUGAGCUUUACUCAACAGGAGCUCAAAUCUAAACCACGACUGAUGGGGAGACCUCAAGUACCGCGAAAGAAUUACACGGCAGAGGAUUAUCUCAUCGCGUCUUUCGACUUCCCUCUCCGUGUUUGCGCUUGGCUUGCCCAGAUCAAAGCCAACAUGUGGGUUCGCAAUGGAAUCAGCCUGCGACACCAAGCCAGUACGUAUCGCGGUGUCGGUCAACGAGACGUAUCUCAUCAUCGGGAUAUCUUUUUACUUCAGACUGCUUUGGUGAUUUGUGAUCCAAGCCGGGUACUGGUCUCGAUCAUAGACCGCUUUGGAAUGGAAAGCUGGGUCAAGGGUUUAUUCGAGCUCAAAUCUGAAGCUCAGGAUGAUGCUCAGCACCUUGAUGUUGUCGAAGAUAUGAUUCAUCUUCUGAUCGUCCUGCUAAGCGACCGGACCUCUUUGAUAUCUUCGGAGGAUGAGACCAAGUCCAGGCUCUUGGCCAUGCGCCGCGACAUUACUCACGUGUUGUGUUUCAAGCCGCUAUCGUUCAACGAGAUCUGUAACAAACUGCCUGAGAAGUAUCAAGAGCAAGAGGACUUCCAUCGAGUGCUUGAUGAGAUGGCCACUUUCAAACCACCAGAGGGUGUCUCCGAUGUUGGUACUUUCGAACUUCGACCUGAGUAUAUUGAGGAGAUUGACCCUUAUAUCGCUCACUACAACAAGAACCAGCGUGAGGAGUCGGAGCUAGCUUACCGAAAGAAGAUGGCGAAACGGACAGGAAAGACUGCUGAAGAAAUUGUAUACGAGCCCAAGGCCCGACCAGUCCCUUCGGGCAUGUUUGAGGACUUGGGCGCUUUCACGAGUACCGGCAUGUUUGCUCAAGUCAUUUACUACUCACUCCUUUAUCCCCUGGUGGCCGGCAAAUUCACUCCCUCCGUUCCUUUUACUCGACUGGAAACAUUUCUCCAAGUUGUCUUGCAUCUUAUGCUCAUCGCCAUUCUCGAGGACAAGUCAACUGACGAUGAUAUGAGCGAAGAAUCUCCAAAGUCCUUUGUCCACAUCGCCCUCACAAAGUUCGGCCGCAGCAACUUUAUGCCUGAAGCCCACAGUUCAAGAACAAUCGUGUCUCUGCUGAAUAUGAUGUCAACCAAGGACGAGUUCAAGGCAGUUCAUCCUAAAAUCGCACUCGUUCUAAAGCGCCUGCGCCAGAAACGUCCUCGCACUUUUGAGACAGCGUAUGUGAACUUGGGUGCUUCCGUAGACCGUAUAAGCACCGCGUCACCAGCAAACACAUCCGCUGAGGAAGAGCGCGAGAGAAGAAAGAAGGCAGCUCUGAGCCGCCAAGCCAAGGUCAUGGCGCAAUUCCAACAGCAGCAGAAGAGUUUCAUGGAAAACCAGGCUUCUUUUGACUGGGGCAGUGAUAUCGAUGAAGAUGAGGACGAAGAAGGCGAUGGCGAGCAAACGGAGGACCGAAAACACAACUGGAAGUACCCAGUGGGAACUUGCAUCCUGUGUCAGGAGGAGCCGGACGAUCGUCAUCUCUAUGGGACUUUUGCUCACUUCAACGAAAGCCGCAUCCUCCGGCAGACAGAUUUCCAAGACCCUGAUUUCGUUCGCGAAGCAUCGCAAACACCAUGCAGUCUUGAUCGAUCGGCCGAGGAUGUUCGACCAUUCGGUAUUGCUCACGAGAACCGCAAGAUGGUGGAAAAAGUCAACGCUCAAGGUGAAACGUUUCUCGCAGAGAGACAGACAAUCGGUAAGGGUUUUCCUUCCAACGUCUGUCGGUCAGGCCCAGUGGCAAGUGGUUGCGGGCAUAUGAUGCAUUAUCGCUGCUUUGAAGUUUACUAUGAAGCGACUGUUCGCCGUCAUACGCAUCAGAUUGCCAGGCAUCACCCAGAAGAUACCAAGCGUAAUGAGUUUGUCUGUCCUCUAUGUAAGGCGCUAGGCAAUGCAUUUGUACCGAUUAUCUGGAAGGGCAUAGACGAGUCAUACCCAGGCUACCUCCAGUCUCAAGGUACAUUCGAAGAAUUCGUCGAGAAGCAAAUGGGAUCUGCUUACUGGAUUGGUGGAAGCAAGGCACGGGAGGACGAGCCUACUAUACCUGACAUGUUUACUCCAAGUCUCCCGGGAAGCCUCGUUGAGUCCUUACUCCCAGCCCAAGCUUCGAGCGACACCUUGUGGGGAAGAGAUGAUGCAGAGUCUCAUUCGUCAACUGUCGGCACACCUGCAAGCUACGCAUUCUCUGACUCGGUUACCCCUGAGCCGGCGCAACCUCAACCCGCCACUACUGCUACCACCAACAACAACACAGAUGGCAGCCAGUUGAUGAACGAGCUAUUAGCCGCCUACCGCCGACUGAGGAAUACACUCCGUGUCAACGGUCUUCGUACUAGCCACCUCAUUGACGCUAAGGGUGACAACGUUGGUGAAUUAUGCGCCAGCGACACACUGGUGAAGUCUGUGGGCUUCACGAUCUCUUCAAUCGAAGUCCAGCAGCGAGGCAUUGAAGCCCAGCCAGGCAUGACGCUCCUAGAGAAGAUCCCUGAGCACAUCUUGUCGCACCUCAGAGUCCUAUCAGAGACUGUAUCUUCCUACAUCGCUGUUGGGGCGCAAUCUGGUGGUGGCGAGAACAAAAUCGAAACCGAAUUCAGGAAGGACAGCGAGCGGCAACACUGUCAGCUGUUCAUGUCGAGAUACUUCGGUACUGGAACUCCCCAUGCUCGCCGACCUCUGGAUGUGUACCCUCCACUACUGAGCAUGGACUCGUUCCUGUUCUUGGUGGAAUGCUCCUACGGUUUAGUGCCGCUCCAGAAAGCUGAAAUUUCUCAUGUUCUUCGGCUUUGUUAUCUGGCAGAACUUGUGAAGCUGGUGUAUCACAUGGGGCGUAAUAUUCCUGUCGCUAGCUGGGUUGGCAAUCUCACCAACCGCCAUACGCAGGACCCGGCCAUCAACAAUUUUGCAGACUUUGCCCUCGGCGUUACGAAGACUGGGGUCGAUUUCCAUGCGGCCCAAUUCCCUGAAGGCGUUGAAUUUGGCGAGAACCGUGGCUUCCAGCAACCAGGCGUGGACACUCUAGAGAGCUGGUAUACCUUUUCCAAGAAAUACGCUCUCACCUUCCUACGGAAAUGUGUCAUUUUCCUGUAUGUCAAGUAUGGCGUAGACUUCAACAGUCAUGUCUCGCCUUCGCCAGAUGCUGAUGAGCUGGAACGCCUCACUGAAGCUCUUCGAGUUCCAACAUUUGACGAGAUGUGUGCUGCCAUCACAGACAACGCGUCAGCUUGUGGCUGGCCUCAGACAACUUCUGCACUGGUGUCUGGUUGGGUAAAGCAUCAAGUUAUGUGGCCCGGAGACUAUAGCGAGAUUCCUCUCUCGGCAAUGAUGAGCCACCCUGGAAUCUUUGAACUUAUUGGAUUACCAAAGAAUUACGAUGCGCUCAUAGAAGAAGCUACCAGACGAAAAUGCCCUACCACUGGAAAGGAGCUCACAGACCCUGUCAUAUGCCUCUUCUGCGGAGAACUAUCUUGCAGCCAAGGCACAUGUUGCCAGAAGAUGGACAAUUCUGCCGAGCGAACAGAACACACCAAGAUUGGUGGUGCACAGCAGCAUAUGCGCAAGUGUCAACGGAAUAUAGGGGUGUUCCUCAAUGUGCGUAAGUGCUCGGUGGUAUACCUUUUCCGACUUUCGGGAUCCUUCACGCCAGCUCCUUAUAUCGACAAGUACGGAGAGACGGAUCCUCAGCUGCGUCAUGGGCGACAGCUAUUCCUGAACCAGAAACGAUAUGACUCCAUGAUACGAAAUACGGUGCUCAACCACGGGGUACCGAGCUUGAUUAGCCGCAAGUUGGAGGCGGAGAUCAAUAAUGGCGGAUGGGAUACUUUAUAGUAUACAAACGGAGCUAUUGGUAUGAGGCAAGUAUAUGCUAUACAUUGGGGCCGGGGCUAGCGAGUAUGCCAAGGGUUUUCAGGCCAUGAUGUGAUAAAUGGGUAAGACAAUUGGUUUUGGGCUUCUAUAUGCUAUGUGAGUAGUGAUAGCAUGCAACGAUAAUAGAUGCCUAAUAGUAUAUGAAAUUUUCAUGUGGAUUUCCAGUAAUUCAUGGCAUCACACUUUAACAGGUCAUUAUACCUCGUUUCGAUAAAUACCUAUAUAUAAGAUCACUAUCACACCUA